AUGAACCUGGCACCUGAUCCAAGAACUGGCAGUGUCAUGAGACUGAAACUGGAAUUGGAAGAAGGGGUGCAGGGAAAAGAGAAACGUUUUCCACCUUUACAGCACAACCUGUCAGCCACAAGGUUGAAGGAGUGGGUCAGGCUAGCCCAGUUUCAGGAUGUGAGAUCAGGAUGGGACAAGAAGUUGGAACAGUGUCUUCAUCUGCCCUUGGUUGGGAGCAGGGCAUCUAGUCAACAGCUGCUGCCUCUCGAGUGCCAGGAUGUGGGCUGCUCAGACUUCACUCCAGAUGUAGGGCUAGAACAGCAAAUAUAUAUCACUCUCUCUCAAAGCCUGGGUCACUUCUCGGGCCUGUGUGCUAGAGUGCAACUCACGGAUGGACUGGGAUACCUCCUUGGUCCGGGUAAAAGGGACUGGUGGGCAUGGCCAAAAGUGCGGAGACGAGCAAAAUCCUGCCCGGGCUCCCUAACAAAGAGGCAGGGGAGCAUCAGAAGUAGCAGCAGCAGCAGCAGCAGCAGCAGCAGCAGAGUGAGAUUUGCUGACUCAGUCGGUUUGGAGUUAGCAGAAGUUCGAAGCUUUGACUCAUCAGAGGAGCCAGCUAUACCAGCACAUGUACUGUCCAGUUUCAGUUCCAGUCAGCCCACAGCACAAGUGAUAUGGAUACAGCGUUUCAGAAUGGAAUUCAUGAAUCCCCGGGACGGUGGAAACUUCAGUGAGCGACUAAACAGUCAGAAAGUGUGCCUGGAGGCAGUGUCAGAGGCAGAGCUGGUGAUCAGUGGUACCAUCCUGGUCAUAAACCUGGCCUAUCAGAAGGAGGUGACAGUCCGUUACACCUGCAAUGACUGGAAAUUCUUCACUGAUGUCUCCGCUCUGUUUGAAAGCAACAUUGAAGGCAAAAUGGAUCGUUUCACAUUCACACUGAAUCCAUUGAUCCACUUGCUCCAGCCGGGCUGCUCUCUACAGUUUGCUAUAAAGUACAAAGCUGAAGGAUUAGAGUUCUGGGACAAUAACCGUGGUAGCAAUUACAAGAUGACCUACCAGUCCUUUCAGGUCACUGUCCCCAAUGACAACGAGGAUAGGACAGUCGAUUUCAACUGA